GAAAUGUUCAAAACAUUGAUCAUUCAUUUCUUUGACUGCAUCAAACAUGGGUAUCAAGUGGAUUCCAUCUUCAAUUUCUGAUCCUUUUCCAAAAAAUGUUUUAGCUGGUGGCUAUGAAAGCGACGGCAGUCCGAUAUACGUGGCACGUUCUUGCCAUGAAGACAGUUAUCUACCAGUAAAAGUUAUACCCUGCAAAAAAUCGGCAUAUUUGUCGUGGCUUGGGGUCGAAUACCCCAAAACAAAUUAUGAGCUAUUGGUGGCUGACAAUUAUAGUUGGCAAAAUUACGAUAACAAAACUAUACCGACAAAUGCCAUAGUAGGCAGUGUAAGCAGUAGUGUCGAAUCAAUAUAUAUUGGCCGAGGACACUAUCAAAAUAGUUUAACUGUGGGAAACAUUUUACCCUCUCAUGGUUGUCUUUAUAUUCCUUUUAAUGGCAUGGAAAUAAAAUUAUUGAAUUUUGAAAUUUUAAUUUAUUGUAAGGAGGAACCGAAGGAAUUUAAGUUUCAAUUUCAUAAUUUUAAUCGAUUUUUAACUAAACCAGUAUUACUCGGAGCCGUACCCUUUUGUGAGCCAAAUUAUUCAUGGUAUCAACAACCACAAUCCCAAGCAUCUCAACCGCAAGCUGCGCAACCUCAGCCUGUUGAAAUACAACUAGACGAUGCAGCGUCCAGUUCAAAUUCAAAUAUUGUAUUGCCUGCAUCAUCAGCAACUGACCUACCAGACUACGACACAUGGGUAUUUGUACAACAUGAUCAAAUUCCCGCUGACGCAGUACAUGCUGGUUACGACAUUGAUGAAACACCAAUGUAUGUUGCUCGUGCUUUUCACAAUGGAGAUUAUAUACCAGCUAAAGCAUUUCCUUCUCAUAACUUGGCCUGUAUACCAUUCGCCGGCCAGGAAAUUGUUAAAAGUACUUUUGAGUACUUAACGGGAAAGAACUACAUAUGGAUGCCAUCAAUUCCGUUUCCUGUCGGUGCUGUUGUGGUGAAUCCUAUUUCUACAAAUGAGCAUUUAUAUGUGGGCUGUACCAAUUACAGUGGCAGUUUGCUUUCUGGUAAAUUUAAACGUUCAGAAGAUCGUCUCUACAUAACUUUCGGUCGGCGGGAAAUUCCUAUUACUAGUUCUUUCGAAAUUUUGGUACAUAAAAGGAGACAUGCCAGUUUACAACUAGCUGUUACCAGUAGCCAAUAAACGCUGAAGUACACUUCAUUCUUAUUAACUCUGUCAGAUUUAUGGAAACUAAUAUCAGUAUAUAAAGGAUCAUGUAUUAAAAAU